GGGCAUGUCAAUCAGCAAGUUGGCUGGGCUGAAGGGUAUCCAUACCCUGGCACCAUACCCCAAAGCUCACAAGCGCUAGUUGAGGAGCAAAAAGUAGUACCUGAUAUGAAAUUUCGUGAGCAUUUUGAGCCUGAAAACCGUAAAAAUCCGGCAAAUGAUCACCAGAAUCCUCCCCGAAUAGAUGAUAUUGAGGUGAAGAAUCACAAUCUGGUCCGGGAGGUGUCAGCUGCAACAACUGCACCUAGCCAGGAGUCACAUUUAGUUCCCCCUGUUGGAGACCCAUGGCAGAAUACUCUUGCGAAGCCUGCUACAUACCGUGAUGCUGUUAUUGCUGGGCAGGUUCCUCUAUCUGGUAAUGAAGAUCAGCUUUCAACUUCAAGCAGUACCUGUGGCCCUGUUCAUAACGACUCUGAGUCAAAUUUAAUUGAUCUU